UUGCGCACACACACACACACGCACACACACAAACACAGAGCGAGCGAUCGAGCGAGCGAGCGUCAGUGAGGAGACCACCAUGGAUCGGAUCGGGACGCGAGUGGAGCGCGGAUGAGGACAGGACAGGACAGGACAGCCUGCUUUGCGCGCCUCGUGGAUUCCCGGAAGCCUCUCGGCGUGGAUUUAACCCAUUGGGAGAUUUAACCCCGCGAUGGAAUAUUUGCACUCUUGUCAUUUUCCAAUCUUCCUCCUCCUCCUCUUCCUCCUCCAGCAGCAGCAGCGAGGAUGCCAAUCAGCGAUGCGUCUUUUGCGCACUUCUAUUGACAGCGCCCGUGCUUCGCGAGCUCUUAUAAAGCCUUGAGGCGGGAGGGGAAAAAAAAUAAAAAAUCUCCCCCCCCUCCAAAAAAAAAAAAAAAAUUAGAGGAGAGGAGCGAGAGGAUUGAACGCGGUGUUGCUGCUUUUAUGCUUGCCGCCUAAGGCCCCGGAUGUACCGAGGGAUGCACCGGUGCGUUUUGCCGACCGGUUCCGCUGACAGAUCCCUCUUUUUUCUCGCCUUCACCUCCAUCAUGGGGAUUAGGUAAUAUUCACUCCAUCCGAAGACACCCCUCCACCCCCCCGCCCCGCCCCCCUCCAGCAAGCCACGGGAAUAUCCACAAGCUGUCAGACUCAUCGCCCUCCCACCCUCCCUCCCUCCCCACCUUUCUCCCCCCCUUUAUUUAUUUAUUUCAUUUUUCUUUUCUUUUUUUUGGAGGGGGGCCACCCCCCUCACCCCCCUUCCCCCCCAUACCCCCACCAUCAACCCAUUCACAUCCAAUGAGAACGCCGGACUACAUUUAUGGUAAAUGAAAGCAAAAACAUGUACAUCCCGGAGGACACCCUUGAGAACCAUCAAGGCUCCGACUACUCUCCCCCUCCCACCCUCCCUCGCCCGUCCGCCCCCGGACUGACCAAUGAGCACCCGGCCGCCGGUGACCGCGAUGGAGGCGUGGGCGGGGUCAACCGCGGCGGGUUGGGCGUGGUGGGCCUGGCCCCGGAGCACAUGGCCACGCCGGGCGCCGCUCUGAGCUGGCAGGCCGCCAUCGACGCCGCCCGCCAGGCCAAGAUGAUGGGCAACGCGGCCUCGGGCUGCGCGGCGGGGCUGGCGGCGGGAGGCGGCGGGGGUGGCGGCGGCGGGGGCGGGCCCAUCUCCACGGCCAGCUCCACGCAGCGCAAGCGGCAGCACUACAGCUCCAAACCCAAAAAGCCCACCACCACCACGGCCACGCGGCCCCCGCGGGCGCUGCUCUGCCUCACGCUCAAGAACCCCAUUCGCCGGGCCUGCAUCAGCAUCGUCGAGUGGAAACCGUUCGAGAUCAUCAUCCUGAUGACCAUUUUCGCUAACUGUGUGGCCUUAGCCGUCUACAUCCCCUUCCCGGAGGACGACUCCAACGCCACCAACUCCAAUCUGGAGCGCGUGGAGUAUUUAUUCCUCAUCAUCUUCACCGUGGAGGCGUUCCUGAAGGUGAUAGCCUACGGCCUGCUCUUCCACCCCAAUGCCUACCUGAGGAACGGCUGGAAUCUGCUCGACUUCAUCAUUGUCGUCGUCGGGUUGUUCAGUGCCAUCUUGGAGCAGGCCACCAAGGGCGACGGGGCCGCGCCGAUGGGAGGCAAGGCUGCCGGUUUUGACGUCAAGGCUCUGAGGGCAUUCCGAGUACUCCGACCCCUCCGACUGGUUUCAGGAGUACCUAGUUUACAGGUCGUGUUGAAUUCCAUCAUCAAAGCCAUGGUCCCCCUGCUCCACAUCGCCCUCCUGGUCCUCUUCGUCAUCAUCAUCUACGCCAUCAUCGGCCUGGAGCUCUUCAUGGGCAAGAUGCACAAGACCUGCUAUCACGAGCACACAGGCACGCUGGCGGAGGAAAAACCGGCGCCGUGCGCGCCCGACUUGGCUUACGGGCGACACUGUAACCACAACGGGACCGAGUGCAAAAUGGGCUGGGAGGGCCCCAACGACGGCAUCACCAACUUUGACAACUUUGCCUUCGCCAUGUUGACCGUGUUCCAGUGCAUCACCAUGGAGGGCUGGACGGACGUGCUGUACUGGGUGAAUGAUGCAGUAGGCUACAAGUGGCCGUGGGUGUAUUUUGUCACCUUAAUCAUCAUUGGAUCCUUCUUUGUGCUUAACUUGGUUCUGGGGGUUUUGAGCGGAGAGUUUUCCAAGGAGAGGGAGAAGGCCAAGGCACGCGGCGACUUCCAGAAACUCCGAGAAAAACAGCAGCUGGAGGAGGAUCUCAAGGGCUACCUAGAUUGGAUCACUCAGGCUGAAGACAUCGACCCAGAGAAUGAAGAGGAGGGUCUGGAUGACGAUAAACCUAGAAACUUGAGCAUGCCGGCCAGCGAGAAUGAAUCGGUCAACACGGACAACGCGCCCGGAGGUGACGUGGAGGGAGAGACCUGCUGCACCCGGCUAGCAAAUAGGAUCUCCAAAUCCAAGUUCAGUCGCUACUCUCGCAGGUGGAACAGGCUGUGCAGACGCAAGUGUCGGGCGGCCGUCAAAUCGCAGCUUUUCUAUUGGCUGGUCAUCUUCCUGGUUUUCCUCAACACUCUCACCAUCGCCUCGGAACAUCACCUGCAGCCGCAGUGGUUAACGGACGUACAAGACAUAGCCAAUAAGGUGUUGCUCGCACUCUUCACCGGUGAGAUGCUUUUGAAGAUGUACAGCCUGGGUCUUCAGGCGUACUUCGUCUCGCUCUUCAACCGCUUCGACAGCUUUGUGGUCUGCGGCGGGAUUCUGGAGACCAUCCUGGUGGAAACCAAGAUCAUGUCGCCGCUCGGCAUCUCCGUGCUGCGUUGUGUACGCUUGCUGCGAAUCUUCAAAAUAACCAGAUACUGGAACUCGCUGUCCAAUUUGGUGGCCUCUUUGCUGAACUCCGUGCGCUCCAUCGCCUCCCUGCUGCUCCUGCUCUUCCUCUUCAUCAUCAUUUUCUCCCUGCUGGGCAUGCAGCUCUUUGGCGGCAAGUUCAACUUCGAGGAGACCCGGCGGAGCACCUUCGACAACUUCCCCCAGUCGCUGCUGACCGUCUUCCAGAUUUUAACCGGCGAGGACUGGAACUCGGUGAUGUAUGACGGGAUCAUGGCCUACGGUGGCCCCUCCUUCCCCGGCAUGCUGGUUUGCAUCUACUUCAUCAUCCUCUUCAUCUGCGGAAACUAUAUCCUUCUGAACGUCUUCUUGGCCAUCGCUGUGGACAAUCUGGCCGACGCGGAGAGCCUGACAUCUGCCCAGAAAGAGGAAGAGGAGGAGAAGGAGAGGAAGAAACUGGCCAGGCUGGGCACGCCCGACAAGAGGCACAACAACGAGAAGCCUCCACUGGAGGAGGAGAAGAGGGAGAAGAUUGAGCUGAAGUCCAUCACUUCGGACGGCGAGAGCAACACUGGAACGAAGAUAAAUAUGGACGAUUACUGCGCCGAUGAAAGCGAAGAGAAAAAUCCAUACCCUGCAAACGAUUACAUCGGCGAUGAGGACGACGAGGAACCCGACGUGCCGGUGGGCCCGCGGCCGCGGCCGCUCUCCGACAUCCAGCUGAAGGAGAAGGCCGUUCCCAUGCCCAAGGCUCGCGCUUUCUUCGUCUUCAGCCACACCAACAAAUUCAGGGUUCUGUGCCAUAAAAUCGUCAACCACAACAUCUUCACCAACCUCAUCCUCUUCUUCAUCCUGCUCAGCAGCAUCAGUCUGGCGGCGGAGGACCCGGUGAAGAACGACUCCUUCAGAAAUGAGAUCCUGGGCUAUGCAGACCACGUCUUCACAGGGCUUUUCACCAUCGAGAUUAUUCUCAAGAUGACAGCUUACGGAGCCUUCCUCCACAAGGGCUCGUUCUGCAGGAACUAUUUCAACAUUCUGGACCUGGUGGUGGUCAGCGUUUCCCUCAUUUCCUCUGGGAUACAGUCCAGUGCGAUCAACGUGGUGAAGAUCCUGCGAGUUCUCCGAGUGCUCCGACCUCUGCGGGCCAUCAACAGAGCCAAGGGCUUGAAGCACGUGGUGCAGUGCGUGUUUGUGGCCAUCAGGACCAUCGGCAACAUCGUCAUCGUCACCACGUUGCUGCAGUUCAUGUUCGCCUGCAUCGGGGUGCAGCUUUUCAAGGGCAAGUUCUUCUUCUGCACCGACAACUCGAAACAGACGAAGGCCGAGUGCAGAGGCAACUACAUCAAGUACAAGGACGGCGACGUUGCCAAGCCCGAACGAGCCCUGAGACAGUGGGAGAACAGCGAGUUUAACUUUGACGACGUGCUCCAAGGCAUGAUGGCUCUGUUUGCGGUGUCCACUUUCGAGGGUUGGCCGGGGCUCCUCUACCGGGCCAUCGACUCUCACACCGAGGACGUGGGUCCCAUCUACAACUACCGCGUGGUCAUCUCCAUCUUCUUCAUCAUCUACAUCAUCAUCAUCGCCUUCUUCAUGAUGAACAUCUUCGUGGGUUUCGUCAUCGUCACCUUCCAGGAGCAAGGCGAGCAGGAGUAUAAGAACUGCGAGCUGGACAAGAACCAGCGUCAGUGUGUUGAGUAUGCCCUGAAGGCCCGCCCCCUUCGCCGUUACAUCCCCAAGAACCCGUACCAGUACAAGGUGUGGUACGUGGUCAACUCCACCUACUUUGAGUACCUGAUGUUCACGCUCAUCCUUCUCAACACCAUCUGCCUGGCCAUGCAGCACCACGGUCAGACGAAGAACUUCAACGACGCCAUGAACAUCCUCAACAUGCUCUUCACGGGGCUCUUCACCGUGGAGAUGAUCCUCAAGUUGAUCGCCUUCAAACCCAGGGGGUACUUUAGUGAUCCCUGGAAUGUGUUUGAUUUCCUCAUCGUAAUUGGCAGCAUAAUAGACGUCAUUCUCAGUGAAAUCAACCCAGCUGACUCCUCCUCGUCCUCCUCCUCUUCGUCCUCCUCCUCCUCCUCCUCCUCUCACCCCCCUGUGGUAAGACCAAUGGGCCUGCAGAACUCUGAAGAGAACGCCCGGAUCUCCAUCACCUUCUUCCGACUCUUCCGUGUGAUGCGUCUGGUGAAACUGCUCUCUCGUGGGGAAGGGAUCCGGACACUACUGUGGACCUUCAUCAAGUCCUUCCAGGCUCUACCGUACGUCGCCCUGCUGAUUGUGAUGCUGUUUUUUAUUUACGCCGUCAUUGGCAUGCAGAUGUUUGGCAAAAUAGCGCUGCGGGACCACACGCAGAUCAACAGGAACAACAAUUUCCAGACGUUCCCCCAGGCGGUGUUGCUGCUCUUCAGAUGUGCCACAGGCGAAGCGUGGCAGGAGAUCAUGCUGGCGUGCUCGUCCUAUCGGCCGUGCGAGAAAGGAUCCACCAAUGAGAACGUCACCAUCCCGGAGGACUGCGGGAGCCAGUUCGCCAUCAUCUACUUUGUUAGCUUCUACAUGCUCUGUGCCUUUCUGAUCAUCAAUCUCUUCGUGGCUGUCAUCAUGGACAACUUUGACUACCUGACGCGGGAUUGGUCCAUCCUGGGGCCGCAUCACCUUGACGAGUUCAAGAGGAUUUGGGCCGAAUACGACCCGGAAGCCAAGGGGAGGAUCAAGCACCUGGAUGUGGUGACCCUGCUCCGAAGGAUCCAGCCCCCGCUCGGCUUCGGGAAGCUCUGUCCUCACCGGGUGGCCUGCAAGCGUCUGGUCUCCAUGAACAUGCCGCUGAACAGCGACGGAACCGUCAUGUUCAACGCGACGCUCUUUGCGCUGGUCCGAACGGCGCUGAGGAUCAAGACAGAAGGGAAUCUGGAGCAGGCCAACGAGGAGCUGAGGGCCAUCGUGAAGAAGAUCUGGAAGAGGACAAGCAUGAAACUGCUGGAUCAAGUGGUGCCCCCUGCUGGCGACGACGAGGUCACGGUCGGAAAGUUCUACGCCACCUUCCUCAUUCAGGAGUACUUCCGCAAGUUCAAGAAGAGGAAAGAACAAGGGCUGGUGGCCAAAGUGCCGCCCAAAACGGCCCUCUCUCUGCAGGCGGGCCUGCGGACGUUGCACGACAUCGGGCCGGAAAUCAGGAGGGCCAUCUCCGGAGACCUGACGGUGGAGGAGGAGGUAGACAAAGGUCUGAAGGAGCCCACAUCGGCCGCAUCCGAGGACGAUAUCUUCAGGGUAAAGCGGUCAGGCGGCUUGUUUGGAAACCACGUCAACUAUUACAACCAGAGCGACGGCCGCGCCUCCUUCCCGCAGUCGUUCACCACCCAGCGUCCCUUGCACAUCAGCCAGAAGGGCUCGCCCUGCGAAGGCGACAGCCCCUCCCACGAGAAGCUCAUGGACUCCACCACCUUCACGCCGUCGUCGUAUUCGUCGUCGGGCUCCAACGCCAACAUCAACAACGCCAACAACACCGGCAUGGUGGGCGUGGCCCCGCAGGGCGGCGGCCGCUUCCCGAGCUCGUCCGUCAGCACGGUGGACGGCCGCGCCGGACAGCCGCUGACGCCCGUCCUGCUGCCCAGAUCGGCUUGGUGCUUCCCUCCCAAGAGGACGUGUUUUUUUGACAACCUCCUUCGCUCCGACUCGAGCGACAGCCGCCUGCCCAUCAUCCGCAGGGGCGAGGGGUCCACGGAGGAGACGUACGACGAAAGCUACGCCGACGAGAGGGAGUUCCACGAAGAGGACCACUCGCUCUCCUCCGACAUGCUGGUGUACCGCGACGACACCUGCAAGCAGCUGACUCCCAUGGAGGAAGGAGACGACAUGGAGGAGAGAAGAGGAGUUGGGGGGUGGCAAUCCCCCAGAAGAGUCUUUCUCUGUCCCGCCUCUUUAGGGCGGAGAUCUUCGUUCCAUUUAGAGUGUCUGAGGAGGCAGUCGAGGCCGGACGUCUCUCAGAAGACGGCCGUACCGCUGCACCUCGUCCAUCAUCAGGCGCUCGCCGUGGCCGGGCUGAGUCCGUUGAUCAGGAGGAGCCACUCGCCCACCCUCUUCAGCCGGCUGUGCUCCACGCCUCCGGACAGUCCCGCAGAGCGAGGCGGCGACGCCUUGUAUCAACGGGUACCCUCGCUGAGGUUGGAGGGCUCCAACUCUCAUGAAAAGCUCAACGCCAGCUUGCCCUCGGUCAAUUGCGGGCCCUGGUAUACCGACAGUAAUGGCAACAGUCGGGUACCCAGUCCGAGCCCCGCCUCCGGCCUGCCGACAACCAAUCGGAGAGCGGCGCGGCCCGCGUCGCUCAUGGUGCCCUCGCUAUUGGGCCACGACUCCGGCUCGUCGCACGGCAGCGCGGGAAGUCUGGUGGAGGCGGUGCUAAUAUCCGAAGGCUUGGGCCAGUUCGCGCAGGACCCCUCCUUCAUCGAGGCCACCAAGGCCGAGCUGGCCGACGCCUGUGACAUGACCAUCGAGGAGAUGGAGCACGCCGCCAGCAACAUCCUCAACGGCAACGCCGCCACGUCAGACGCCACCGCGCCCGUCGACUCCCGGCACAGCCCCAACGGCGACCUCCACGGGGACAGGGACCUAGGGGCGGAGGACGGCGGGGAGGCCGGCGGGAACCGAGGCUCCGUCCACGGGCCGUCCUCUGUGGAAGAGCGGCAGGAGCUGCUAGCGGGGGCGCGGGGACAGGAAGAAGAGGACGACGAUGACGAGGAGGAGGAGGAGGAAGUCGGGGGGAGGGAGGAGGGACACCACCGAAGCUCCGCAGCGAUGGCGGGAGCGCGGCAGAGGACCAGCGGGCUGCUGGAGGACGAGGACAUGGAGUGCGUGACCAGUUUGUAGGGCAUCCGCUGGACGUCUCGCCAUUAGCGGCUGCGCUAGUCCCCGCCCCCUUCACGCACGCACCUCCGAACAAUGGCGGGCAAGGCGCGUCCCGGAGCGCCACAAAAUGCUUUGUACGUCGAAUGUUUGUAGUAAAGUAUAUCACACUAUACUCUAUAUUACCGGAGUGUGUCCCCCCCAGCCCCCUCAACACGCCCCCUCUUUGUAUGCACAUUUGCGUGUGUGCGAGUGAGUGUGCGUGUCUCUAAAGUGCCUCACAGUUUUCUCACGUCCUCAAAGUGACGAGGCGAAGGCAAAGAGGAAAAAAAAACAACAACAAAAAAACAUCCGUUGGCCUUUUCGUCUUGUGUCAGUGUUGGGCUAGCGGGGGCGGCGCGGCGUGCCACGGCGGAGCUCCUCCUCCUCCUCCUCGAUUCACUCGGGAUGAAGCGCUGUAUCGUCAAAAGUAAAAAAAACGUCCUCCUCUUCCAAAGGAACGCCCCCCCCCCCCCCUCCAGCGGGGGUGGCGGGGUGCGAGGGAUGGACCGACAGCCGGCAAAAUGGCUGACAAACUGCCCGUUCAGCUCCACCUGGCUUCCUUUCUUUUCGUCACUUCCUGCUCCCAAACAGGAAACGCGACGAGCGGAAAUGCGUGCACCAUUUUUUUUCCCCCUCCUUUCGCCAUGCCGCCAUUUUCUUUCGGCGAGGAGUUGGACAAGACUCUGGCUGACCCCUCCACCCCCUUCUGUGUUGCCCGCCAUUUUGUUUUCCUCCUCAUGCUGUCUAAUUUAUCUUUUUUUUUUUUUUUUUUGCACAAUCGGGGUGCUGGUCUUUCUAAAUGUACUUUUAGGAGAACUUUAAGCGGUUUUAAGUAACAAAGCAGGGGCGUAGACUUUUAUUUUGAAGUUGCGUGUCUGCGUCCGUACCAUUUUGCGCGCGUGUGUAUGUACGACGAGGGUUCUUUCUCUCGGUAUGCACCUUUUACAGAUUCUAUCUAUUUAUUUAUUUAUUCCCCCCCACCCCCCACCACCACCAGAGGAGAGACGUGAAUGUGUGUGCGUGUUUUGAGCGGUUUACCUAACGUACGCUUCAGUGAAAAAAGAUUUUUAAGCCUAGACAAUAAUUUAAGGUAGCAUUAAAACAAGUGUACGUGCGCGCGUGUGAACGGGCCUCGAAAAGGGGGUCACCGCAGACGGGCAUGCUUCCAAAGCGUUUGAACGUUCGGAUUUUUCGCAUUUUAAUCGGCGCGGAUUUUGGGGUGUUCUCUUCUGAGGUAGACAGAUUUUUCUUAAUGAUUGUGCUGGAAAAAAAAAAUAGUCGUGAAUGCAGUGAAAGGGCCGUAACACACUGUUAUCGUUGAUACGAGUCGUCUUUCUCUUCAAACUAACUCUUAGGGCUGAGUUUAAAGAUGCUGCAAGAAUUUUAAAUCCAUCGUGAAACAUCUUAGAGGAAGUGAAGUUUAAGGGUUUUUUUUGGGGGGGGGGUUAAGUGUUUAAUUUGGGGUGCAGGGGCAUGCAAUCGUCAGUCGGAGUUUGUAGCAAGGAGGUGCGCCAGUGACAGAUUUGGAAAUAUUUUCAAGCCCUAUUUUAGGGCGUCAUUUAAAGUUUCAUCAUUGUAGCCUCGUAGCUCGUCACUUUAUUUUUUUCAAAAUAAAAGUGAAAAAAAAUGCUUUAUAAACUACCAAACAUGCUCAUGAAACCAAUUCAAACUCACCAAAUUUUAAAGCCAAAUAUCAGAAUGGAAUCAAAACUAACUCAUGAAAAUUCCCAAACUAUUAUUAGCCUGCUAGCAAGAUGUACGCAAGUUUGUCUUGAUUCUCGUGGGUGCGUUGUGGCUCCCCGUCGGCUCUCAAGGACGAAACCCACUCAAACCUGAAGUCAAAGAUCGUAUUUGCCACCCCAUGACCCCCCC